AUGAAAUGUUUCUAUCAAGUAUUGGAAGUGCCUUGUGAUGCGUCUUUUGAUGAUUUAAAAAAAUCGUACAAGAAAUUGGCGCUGAAGUGGCAUCCUGACAAAAAUCCAGACAAUGUUGAAGAAUCUAAAGAACAGUUUCAGUUAAUUCAACAAGCAUAUGAGGUCUUGAGUGAUCCACGUGAACGUCAAUGGUACGAUAAUCAUCGCGAGCAUAUUAUUAAUAGUGGUGAUACACCAGUUGAUGAACUCAACCUAUUUAAGUAUUUUUCUCCUUCUUGUUAUAAAGGAUUUGGCGAUGAUGAAAAAGGGUUCUACACUGUGUAUCGUGAGGUAUUUAGUAAUAUAUUCAUUGAAGAAAGCGUUUAUUAUCAUGGGGAUUCUGAUGUGAUUCCAACAUUUGGCCGAUCAGACAGUGACUUUGUCGAAAUUGUACGACCGUUCUAUAACUUUUGGUGUGGUUUUAAUACAUAUAAAACAUUUGCAUGGUUAGAUGAGUAUGACAUUAGGCAAGCUCCCAAUAGACGUGUUGCUAAGUUAAUGGAAAAAGAAAAUAAGAAGAUUCGUGAUAAAGCCAAGAAGGAGCGUAAUGAUGAAAUACAAGCAUUAAUUGAGUAUGUAAGGAAACGUGAUAAACGAGUAAAAGCGUAUUCAGAAUAUCUUAAAUUAAAAUCAGCUGAAAAUAAUAAACGAAUGGAAGAAGCUAGACAAAGGAGAUUAAAAGAAAAACAAAAAGAAAUGGCUAAUUAUAAAGAAUCUGAUUGGUCUAAAUUUUCUAAUGUAGAAGAAGAAUUAAAAGUAAUUGAAGAUAGCCUUAUUGCUGAGUAUGGAAGUAGUGAUGAACUCGAGUCAGGUGAUGAAACAGCAAACUGUUUAUAUUGUGUAGCCUGUAAUAAAGUAUUUAAAACUGAAAAAGCUUUUCAAAAUCAUGAAAAAUCUAAAAAACACAAAGAUAAUAUUGAGUUAAUCAAAGUCGAGAUGUUAGAUGACGAAGACCUUCUUAAUAAUAUAGAAUCUGUUGAAAAUAAUAAUGUUUCUGAGGAUAAUUGUCAAAAUCAUUCUGAUGCUGAAAGCGCUGUUGAUGAUAAUGCUUUCAAGGAUGAUGAUGAAAACCACUCUGAUGCUGAAAGCUCUAUAGAUGAAAUCAAUUUUGAUGGCUCCGAUAGCAAUAAAGAAUCUUCCAAUAGUUCAAGUAAUGAAACUGAUGAAAUAGAAUUUAAUACAAAUAAAUCAAAAAAUACUAAUAGGUUAAAUUUACAAAGUGAUAUUCAUUCAGAUGAUAUAUUAGAAGCUGAUUUGAGUAGUGAAGAAGAAACCAAGAAUAUACGAAAGAAACCAAAGAAAAAGAAAAAGUCACUAUCUACUGAUGAAGUUAAUGUAUUGUAUUGUUUGUCAUGUGAUCAGUCAUUUAAAACCGAAAAAGCUUUAUCUAACCAUAAGACAUCUAAAAAGCAUAAUGAUAAAGUUGUACUGUUGAGUGCUAAACAUUCUAAUGAUGAUGACCAUAGGCAUGUUUGUGAAAGUACUGAAACUCAUCCAGUGACUGAAGUAGAUACUGAAGAAGUGCCAAAAGAAAAUCAACCACAGAAAGAAGCAACUAUAGAAAAGUCACCUAAAAACAAAAAAAAACAAAAAAUAAUGGAGAAUCCAAAAAUAAAAAAGUCAAAUCAUGUCUGUGGUAUAUGUUCAUCGGUGUUCUCAUCAAAAAACAAACUACACCAACAUAUUAAAGAUUCAAACCAUGCAGUUUUAAAGAAUGUUAAAGAAAGUAGGCAUAAAAAAAAAGGUAAAUAA